UAUGUCAUACCAACGAGACAGUGAUGUUGCGUUAAGUAAUUGUAGGAUCGUUGUCAAUGUUAUACAAAAUAUUAUCUUCGAGAAACAUUGAUACAAAAGUACAAAAGAUCUAUGUUCUAAGAUGUUUCAUUCUACUUUUUAAGUCGUUCUUUGAUUUAGAAUACGCUUAUUAGAAUAUAUACGAUCUCUUUUGCGAUUUGAAUACAUUCUAAAUAAUAUAGAAGCCAUUUUAAAACUAAAGAGUUGGUAUCAUUGUCUCCAACAUUUUACCACGUGUAACCACGCAUUUCCACGCAUUCUCGAAAAGGCCGCCAUCAGCAGAUUGUAAAUGUAAUCAUCAUUUAACCUAAUAUGGUUUAAGCUACCGGUAGUAGUUACAGUUUUACAGAUAGAAAACCAAUAAUAUAGUAUAGUUUUUAACGUAUAAAAUAAUAUAUCGAUUAAAAUAAACACAUAAAGGAAACAUGAACCGAUUCGCAAUUCUUUGUAUUUUAAUAAUUAGUGCAGUUUCCAGAAUUUCUGGGGAAACUUGCCAAAAGCCCGAGGUUGUCGCGUCUGCAUAUGUCACGGAGGAUGCAACAAUUCUGACAAAUGUUGCAUUUACAACUCAAUUUGUGUUGAAGUGUAGUAACGGUGUGAAAGGUGUUACAUUGUAUGCAGAAGUUGAAGGAAAAGCGUUACCUGCUGCUAGGUUAAGUUCCGAUAACAAGUAUCAGGUUUCUUGGACGGAAGACAUAAAGAAAGCACAUUCUGGUGAUUACAGAAUAAACUUGUACGACGAAGAAAGAUACGCAGCUAUACGUAAAGCAUAUAGAAAUGGAGAGGAUCCAAGCUCUGUGAAACCUUUGGUUGUAGUUGUACUUAAUAAUCCGGGUGUCUAUCUUGGACCUUGGGUCAAUUCGGAACUCUUCGCUGCUCUCUUAGCAGCUUUAGUCUCUUACUCUGCUUUCUCUUCCAAGUUCAAGCUUCUUGCUUGAAUGUUUUGUUUAUAAUAGUUUUUCGAAAUAAAUUAUAAAACACAUUUCAACUGAAAUAUUAACACAGUAUGUAAUUAUUAUGAUAGAUUGUAAUUUUAAUUUUGUAUUAAAUACAAUUUUUUAAUUUAAUG